AUGGGAGGAAACCCACGAGCUAUGCGCCCUCAUGUUAUGCGACCGUCGCCUCUUGCUCAAGUCUCCCACCAACGCGCUCUAUCCUCAGUGUCUAUGGCUUCAGAUUUAGCGCAUAACCCACUCUUCUGGAAACAAUUUUCAAUCACAAACCGUACUGAACUGGCUGAUCCAGAAAAUGGGUGGAGCACCAGUUCGCAUAGCGAUUCGAGCGUAUUAUCACGAAAAAAAACAGACGGAGACGAAUGGCUUGCACAACAACACAGGGAGAAGCGGCGGUGUCGCUUAACUGCACUUUUUAUAACCGGAAUACUGAUAACGGUUAUAACGUGUGCGUCGAUCGUAGGGUGGCAUUUCACAACCGGAAGAAGGAAGCUCAUGGGUCGUAGCAUGCGAUGA